UCCUCCUCAGUCCCCAGUGCGGUGCGGCCAAGCCAGUCUCCGGGCUUCUUCUCCUUCCGUUUUACCCUUCCUCCACGGCAGCCACCGUUGCCCGCGGCCCCGGGCCGCUGUCCUGCAGGUGAGCGGCCGCGCAGCGCCCCUUGGCCGGCGAAUUCACCUUGCCUGGCCCGGCUCGGUUCGGCCCGUGCAGGAGCGGCGGCGGUGGCGGUCCCAUCAAGAUUCCCUUUUCCCAGCAGGAUGAAGAACCCAGUGCUGGAGGCGGUGUCCCUACUGUUGGAGAAGCUGCUCCUCAUCUGCAACUUCAGGCUCUUCAGUUCGGGCGCCCCAGGCGCAAACAAAGCGAGAAACAGUUCUUACGAGAUCAGCUCUUUCCAACGCGGCGACGUGCUGGAGGUGCCCCGGACCCACCUGACCCACUAUGGCAUCUACCUGGGCGACAACCGUGUCGCCCACCUGAUGCCUGACAUCCUGUUGGCCCUGACCGACGACAAGGGGCUCACGCAGAAGGUGGUCUCCAAUAAGCGUCUCGUCCUGGGCGUCAUUGGCCGGGUGGCCAGCAUCCGCGUGGACACGGUGGAGGACUUCGCCUACGGAGCCACCGUCCUGGUCAAUCACCUCGAUGAAGCCCUCAACAAGAAGGCGCUGCUCAACGAAGAGGUGGCGCGCAGGGCGGAGAAGCUGCUGGGCAUGACGUCCUACAGUCUGCUGUGGAACAACUGCGAGCACUUCGUAACCCACUGUAGAUUCGGCACCCCGAUCAGCCCCCAGGCCAACAAGUUUUGUGAAAUAGUGAAGAUAAUUAUUCGUGAUGAGAGAAGUGUCCUUGCUUCAGCAGUCUUGGGAUUGGCAUCUAUAGUAUAUCUGGGCUUGGCAUCAUAUACUACUCUUCCUGCAAUUUUUAUUCCAUUCUUCCUAUGGAUGGCUGGCUAGCUUCAUACCCCUGAGUCAGUGUAUGUAUUCUCUGUGUAAAUAUGUUCAUAUAUAUAGGGCACAAAUCAGUUUAAGCAUCGUUGAGAGAAAUGUGACUUGUAACACUGUGUUCUGCAUUAAAAUGUGAUUAAGAAUCACGCCAAGUGCUUACUGUGUAAGCCCAAGAAAAAGGCCUUCUGAAUCUUCUCAGGCAGUUCCAUUGUGAAACACUGCAAAUCUCGGAAACAACUUGUGAUAGAAUUCGUCAUUAUAAGAAAACCAGCCCCUAAGAUGAUGGCCACAGGAGACUAUUUGUGUUUUUUAUACUGUAAUCAAUUCUCUUCUCUGUUAGGCCUGAACUUGAAGAUUGGAAGAUUUAUUGAAUGAGAACACUAACUUUAUUGUAAUUUUAUCCUGUUUCUUUGAAAAAUUUAUGUUAAAGUGAAAGAACUUCCCUCUUCAGAUGAAAACAUAUUUGAUGAUUGGCUACAAAAACCCACAAUGUAUUUUUUUCAUAUAUUAUAUAAAGACUUAUUGAAUGAGAAUAUAACUUUGUUUCUUUGAAAAAUUUAUGCUAAAAUGGAAGAACUUCCCUCUUUAGAUGAAAACACGUUUGAUGAGUGGCUACAAAAAUCCACAAUGUAUUUUUUUUCAUAUAUUAUAUAUAAUUUCUAAUAAGUAAAGACUAUUUCCAUUACUUGAAACCACAUUGACAAAUUUAAGGUUCAAUGUUCAAGUAACUAAGCAGAACUAUAGAAAUCUGUGCAGAAAUUGCUACUAUAGCAUCAAACAGUUUUAUUUAGUUUCUUACUAUGAGCCUGGCAUACAUUAUUUUUUCUGUUUUAUAUGUCACUGUGGUUAUUUAAACUGCUCUCAGAGGUAAAGGAUAUAGGAUUAAAGUAAUUUGGGUCCUUGGAGUGUGUAUGUGUCAAUUAAAUAUGCGAUAUCCACAUAUACAAACUGAUGAGAGAUGAAAUUGAAUUUGUUCUUCAUUGUUUUAUUAUCAUACCAUUGUAGUUAUUAUAGAGCAUUUGUAAAGCUGAAUGUAAAAGCAAGUUCAAUCCAUUUUCUUAUGCUCUUGCAUCUGUGGUUUUAUUUGCAUGUAUGUCACUGGAUGGUUUACCUUUUAAAGCACUUAUUAAUGUACUAUAUAAUUUUUUUAAAACUUCAGAUUUGUUUUCUAGUCAGUUUUCUCCAUUUCAUAGUUUACAUACUUAAAAGAAGAAUACCAUAGCAUUAUAUAAAAUCCAAACAAGUAGGACCAAAGAAAAUAACUGUUAGAAGUAAUUCUUAAGUGUCUUAGCACCACCAGGAAUAUAAAUUGAUUACACUGAGGCUGUUUUGAUAUCAGAGUUGAGAUGUAGCCGUUUAAAGGAAGCAUUCAAGUACUUUUACAAAAUUAUCAAAUUCUACAAUCUAAGCCAUAAGCUAGACUUGUAUAUCAAGUAUUAAAGUUGCUUUAUAAACUAUCACAAAUCACAAAAUAAUGAGUCACAUAAUGAGUGGUAUGGGGAGGGUGAGGUCAGUCAUGCAGUGAUCCAAUCAGAACAAAUUUAAGAGCAGAUUUUAGUGUAACUGAUGUUUUAGAACCAGUAAUUUACAAUAAAAUCAGUUGGAGUUUAAUAAUCAUUAAAUUGAUUAUUCUAGUCAGUUUUCUCCAUUUCAUAGUUUACAUACUUAAAAGAAUACCAUUCUUCUUUUUUAAUAAUCAUUAAACUUCAUGCUUAAUAAUUAAACUUUAUACUUAAUCAUUUAAAUGUUUCAAACAAUUAAAACAAGAAAUGGAGACAUCGGAAUAAAGGUGUUCUAGGGGCCUGUUUCAACCACUUAAAAUUAUUUUAAGUAUAUAUACAUAGAAGCAACCACUAGGAGAACCCCAUUGUAUUAUGUUUUUUUCACUUAACUGUAUAUAUUACCUUUAUAGCAAUUGUUUAAAUAAACUCAUUUUAAAAAAUAUGGUGUUCUCAUGAUUAACAUCUUUUCUUUUUGCAGACUUUAGUAUUGCAGGUAGCAGAAACCACUGUCUGAUACUAAAUCUGUGUUCAAAGAUAAUGAUCCUUCAUUAAAUGACAAGGCAAGUACUUAAGGUCGGAAUUAAUAUAAUUAGUCUUGACUCACUUCAUAUCCUUAAAGCAAGAUUCAAUUCCUUAUUCUUUAGAGUGCUUAUUAUAUGCCAGGUACUGACCUUUCGCAAUUUCAUGGUCUAGAGUUAGUAUUAUUUUUUUACUAUAUUGGUGUGUAUACAGUUCUGUGGGAAUGCAGGUGAGGAAGAAAUGAUAUCUUCCUGAAGGGUCAGAGACACGUACUGAAAGAGGCAGUGCUAGCAUUAAGAUGAGAAAUAGUGUGCAGUGAUCACACUGACGUGUUCCACCUCUUACGGGCAGAGGAACUGGAAGGAAGGGUUUAUGUACUAAAUGUUCUACAAGACUAGAAUUUGUUGAACUUAGGACAAAAGGAGAGUUUUUUUGCUGUGCUCAGCUUGAUGAAUUGCUUAACACGGUGGAAAAGAAGUAUAUAUUGCUGAUUGUGAUUGUGAAAGAAACCCUGAGCCAUUCUGGUAUCUUUAACCAAGUUUUCUGGGCUUCAUUAGUUAAGAUUCACCCAUAUGAUCUUGCCAGUCCCUUAUAUUUCUACAUUUCUCUUCUAAUUUGUGAAAUAAGUAAUGUCUGGUGCAGCUUUUUGUUGCUUAUUUUGUUCUUUGCCAUACCUAGAUGAAGGCCAAACAGAACUAGCCAGGACUAAGAUGAAAUAAAGCAAGUGUCAGGUACUAUGUAGGUGAUAGGGAUGAAAAGAUAAAUGAAACAGGUCUUUACCUCAAAGUUUAUGGCCUCAUAAACAUAGAUGCAUGAAGAUUCUAUGCAGUAGAGCUGACUAAAGGCACAGAAAAACAUGUGGUUGGUUUUAACUGGUAAGGACAACAACUUUACGGGGAUGGUGUACUGAGACUUGGAAAAAUGGGGUGCUUUCCAAGGAGACAGAUUUAGGCAGGACAUUCUACACACUGGGAACAGGCUGAGCAAAUGCAUGAGGACUGCCCACAUCAUGCCUGGCACAGAGGCAUGCGGUACUCUUAUUCGUUGACUGAAAGUAUGAAACUACAUGGAACGUUCAGGCAAAAGCAAGUGGCUCAGAGCAAGUGCGAUGAGAGAUGUUGGAAAUGUGAAUGAUGAUCAUGUAGUGAAGUCUUGUGCAGAUCAAGAAGUCUGGACUUUAUGAACAAUGGAGAUUUGAGGUUCAGAAAGGUAACUCCCAAAGUAGGAAGGAAGGAUGGGAGCAUGGGGCAAGAUAGGACAAAGGACUCUAUUAGCGGACAUGUCAAGGAAUUGUCAACAGCAUUUAGCCAAUCCUUACAUUUGACUCAUGAGUAACUCUUGGUGGGGUGUCAGAGGGCAGUCAGGCAUCCUUUCCUGCUAGAAAGUUGGUUCCUGAAAAACAAUAUCAUAACCAUGUGCGUAUUUUGGAUACUCCAGAUUUUUGUUUUGCUAGAUAUGUUUCUUUCUGAGGACAAGCAAACAUGUAUGCUUUAAAAAGUUAUUUUUUUCAGAAUAUAAAUUUCUUAUUUUUACAUUUUCUAUUCAUACUGUUACUGUCAAAUAUCAAAAAUGUUUUCAAGCAAUGUCAAAGUUAUGCCAAUGGUGAAAGUCUUGUAAUAGAUGAUGAUAAGCAUAUAAGACAUGAUGGUUGUUGAUCUUCUGUUUUAUGUGAUCUAUUUAGAGAGUUUCACCUAACCUGUAUCUGUUGGAUCAACUAAUUUUAUAUUUGUUAUAUAUGCAUAUUAAAUAAAAUCAA